UCGGCCGCGCGGUCCCGCCUCUAGGUCGCCGGCGGGCGGGCAUGCCCAGGUCUCGCUUGCUGACUGAAAUCCCGCCCAGUAGGGAGCGUCAUUCGUUAGGAUUGAAAUGCACGCACGCUGGAGAAAGCAGCAGCCUGCAGUUAACACUCCGCUGGCGAAGGCAGAGUGCCGGGCUGCAUGCAACAGCCCCCGACACGGGGGCCGAUAGCCUUCAAGGAGGGGACACAAUGUGCCGGCCAGCUCUGACCAGGCUGCUGCUCUUUCAUCUGCUCCUGAUCAAGCUACACAUCGCCAAAGGCUCCGCGAAGGAGUGCGAAGAGGAUCAGUUCCAGUGCCGGAACGAGCGGUGCAUCCCUUCCGUUUGGAAAUGCGACGAGGAUGAUGAUUGCGCGGAUAACAGUGACGAAGCAGAUUGCCCCAAGAAGACCUGUGCAGAAACUGAUUUUACCUGCAACAAUGGCCACUGCAUUCCAUCCAGAUGGAAGUGUGAUGGUGAAGAGGAAUGCCCAGAUGGGUCUGAUGAAUCCGAAGCCACAUGCACCAAACAAGUAUGCCUAGCUGAAAAAAUUAGCUGUGGAGAUUCCAGCAACAAAUGCAUUCCUUCUUCAUGGAGGUGUGAUGGAGAAAAAGACUGUGAAAGUGGAACUGAUGAGGCUGGAUGUACUAAUGUCUGUUCUCCUAGCGAGUUCCAGUGCAGCAACAAGUCCUGCAUAGCAACAAUCUUUGUCUGUGAUGGUGAUGAUGACUGUGGCGAUGGCAGUGAUGAGAGGAAGUGCCCGCCCCUCACCUGCAACCCCAACGAGUUUCAGUGCAAUAACAGUCUGUGUAUCCCGGAGAUGUGGGUCUGUGACAACCAGCCUGAUUGUGAGGACCGGUCAGAUGAGUCGAUGGAGCAAUGUGGCUACAAAGUGAAGCCACAAGCCAUGAGCACCUGUGCAGCUCAUGAGUUCCAGUGCGGCAAUGGAGAAUGCAUCCAUCUGAACUGGAAAUGUGAUGGAGAUGAGGACUGCAAAGACAAGUCAGAUGAACAAGAUUGUCCUCUGGUGACCUGCAGUCCUGAUGAGUUCCAGUGCGGCGAUGGGACCUGUAUCCACGGAGCCAAACAGUGCAAUAAAGUGCAUGACUGCCCUGACAACAGUGAUGAAGCUGGUUGCAUUAAUGAAGCGGCGUGCGAGAAUCCCACCAAGUUUCAGUGUAAGAGUGGAGAGUGCAUAGAGGAAAUCAAGGUGUGCGAUUCACACAGGGACUGCAGGGACUGGUCUGAUGAGCCUCUAAAAGCAUGUGGCGUGAAUGAAUGUGCACUCAACAAUGGUGGUUGCUCCCACAUAUGCAAAGACUUGAAGAUUGGCUAUGAAUGCGAGUGUCCUUCUGGGUACAAGCUUCUGGACAAGAAAACAUGUGGAGACAUUGAUGAAUGUGAGAAUCCUGAUGCUUGUAGCCAGAUCUGCAUCAAUUACAAGGGGGACUAUAAAUGUGAAUGCUAUGAGGGCUAUGAGAUGGACACCCUAUCCAAAAACUGCAAAGCAGUAGGGAAAAGCCCGUACCUGGUUUUCACAAAUCGUCAUGAAGUACGCAAGAUUGACUUGGUGAAAAGGGACUACUCUCGCAUCAUCCCCAUGCUGAAGAAUGUGGUUGCUUUGGAUGUAGAGGUGGCAACGAACAGGAUAUACUGGUGUGAUUUAUUCUACAGGAAAAUAUACAGCGCCUACAUAGACAAAGCCAGUGACACAGCGGAGCAAAUGGUCCUAAUUGACAGCCACCUGAACUCGCCUGAAGGUCUGGCAAUGGAUUGGGUUCACAAGAACAUCUACUGGACGGAUUCAGGAAACAAGACCAUUUCUGUGGCCACAGCUGAUGGGAGUAAGAGGAGGACACUUUUCAGUACUAACUUAAGCGAGCCCAGAGCCAUUGCAGUGGAUCCGACACGGGGAUUCAUGUAUUGGUCCGACUGGGGUGACAUAGCAAAAAUUGAGAAAUCUGGCUUGAAUGGUAUGGAUCGGCAAGUGCUUGUGACAGACAACAUUGAAUGGCCCAAUGGCAUCACACUAGAUUUGUUGAAUCAGCGCCUCUACUGGGUAGACUCCAAGUUGCACUUGCUUUCAAGUGUAGAUUUCAGUGGCAGCAACAGGAAAGUUCUCAUCUCUUCUGUGGAUGACCUCAGCCAUCCGUUUGGAUUAGCGGUCUUUGAGGACAGGGUAUUCUGGACUGAUUUGGAAAAUGAAGCAAUCUUCAGUGCCAAUAGGCUGAAUGGUCUGGAUGUCUCCGUUUUAGCUGAGAACCUCAAUAACCCCCAUGAUAUUGUAGUCUUUCAUGAACUGAAGCAACCUAAAGCUCCAGAUGCUUGUGAGCUGAAUUCUCUGCCAAAUGGAGGCUGUGAAUACCUUUGUCUUCCUGCACCCCAAAUCUCUCCACAUUCCCCAAAGUAUACUUGUGCUUGUCCUGACAAUGUGUGGCUGGGUCCUGACAUGAAAAAGUGCUAUAAAGAGCUUCCAACUACCUCAACUAAUGUGCCUGUUACUACUGCUGCAACUCACUUGUCCAAUUUUACUGCCAUGACUACUGUCGUUAUGACUACCACCACAGCUACCACCAUCAUUAUGACUGGCAACAACAGCAAUAUUAGUGCAGAAGGCCAAGAAACCACAUCACGUGUCUUUCUUGGCACUACAAGCCUUCAUUCACCCACAGCCACGUCCAGCCUGGCGAACUCUAAGAUAAUAACAACAGGAAACAGCAAUCUCCCCCAGCACUAUGCUAACAAUGGGCAAAGUUUUGGAUCAACUGUGAUGGCCGCCAUUAUAGGAAUUGUUGUUCCUGUUGUGGUGAUUGGUUUGUUGUGCAUGGGAGGAUAUCUCAUCUGGAGAAACUGGAAACGGAAAAAUACAAAAAGCAUGAACUUUGAUAAUCCUGUGUACAGGAAAACUACUGAAGAUGAAGAUGAAGAUGAAAUCCAUAUUGGGAGAACAGCACAGAUUGGGCAUGUGUAUCCAGCACGUGUAGCAUUAAGUCUAGAAGAUGAUGGGUUACCAUGAGGACUGCACCUACCCCAAUCUUACAGCCGGUGGAUCAAUAGAUAUGCACUAAACACAUCUGCUGUGGAUCAUGGCAUCAACCUUUUAUCUCCUUCUCCUUUUUAAUUAUUAUUUAUGUUGCAGAAGGGUAAUCACAAAGUAGUAAUGAACUGCAAACAUCCAAAGGAUGUGAACGUUUUGUAUGUAUAAUCUUUUAUACACCUUUUUAACUUCUUGCACUAUCCAUCCAUAAUAGUGAGGAGGCUGCUCUACUGCUGAGCUACUAACUCGGUGUAUACAACCAGCCAGACCCAAGGGUCGGUAGCGUACAUGUCAUUUUUAAAAAUUAUAUUUAUAGAAGUUUUGUAAAUAUGUCAAACAUACUUUGUGGCUAUCCAUCAACAAAAGAAAGGAAGAAAGAGGUCUAUACAAGCUGUUUAGGAUAUUUAUUAACAAAUUCUGGAUAUAAGAUCUGUUCUGUACAUACUCUUAGAGGAUGAGAGUAUUUAUUUUUUGUAUGCUUGGCUCGCUGUCCAUAGAUUAUCUGUGUAUAUACCUAUCUAGGCUGGAUGGGUAUAUAGACAUAUACAUAUAUAAAUAAAUAAAUAUAUAUAUAUAUAUA